CACACACACACACACGCUACCUGGGGCAUACGGCAGACUCACUCCAGCCAGCUCUGAAGCCAGCCAACGCGCUCGCGGCGGGCGCAAUCCAUCGUCCAACUCGUCAUUCUGCUCGCCCGCUUCCUUUCCCAUCCCUUCCCUCACUACACUACAGUACGAACAACAACAACAACGACUACCGACACCCAUUAUUGCGGCAACACAAUCUCCCAUAUACACGCACGCGCGGUAUCACCAUCCUGCAAUCGCCUCGAGAAAUGCAUUCAUAGCCCAAUUUUAGUUGUGCAUUUCAUCCAACCUUUUUCCGUGUGAAGCUCGGUUCGUCGCGCGCGAACGACCGACGCGCUCCAAUCAACAUCAAAACACCAAUUCGCAUAACAUUCGGUGACCGGAUCUUCGAAUCGAGUGUCGGCCUUCACCGACGUCGCCUGCGACGCGCGCAGUCAAUACAAUCCUUCUGCAUCUCGACGUCGCGUCGCGCUCAUCGCUAUGUUUUAUUCAGAGUCACUGCUGUCCAAGACGGGACCACUCGCCCGAGUCUGGUUGGCUUCUAACCUCGACCGAAAACUCACCAAACAGAAUGUUCUCGCUUCAAAACUCGAGGACAAUGUGAAGGAUAUCAUCGGCGGAGGGCAGGCGCCCAUGGCGCUGCGUCUCAGCAGUCAAUUGUUGUUGGGCGUGUGCAAAAUCUACAAUCGCAAAGCCACCUAUCUUAUGGAUGAUUGUAGCGAGGCGCUUCUGAAGAUCAAGAUGGCCUUCCGACCAGGAAAUGUCGAUCUUCCGAGCAACCAAUCCCACAAAGCAAACCCGAACGCGUUGUUACUUCCGGACACCAUCACUGAACUUGACCUGUUUGCGCCACUGCCUGACCUAGACGAUUUCCUCGCAGGCAACGAUGCACGCGCGCCGGGUCAGGACCCGACUCUGCUCGACUUUGGAAUGAGUCAGAUCCUUGACAGCCAGACACCCGCGAGGCGACAAGAGAAACGCCUGCUCCAAUUGGACGACGAUGACCUCGGGCUGGAGAUUGGCUUUGAUGAUGAUGACAACUUCAUGCGCUCACCACGUAUGAGUGAAGGUCCAAGCAUCGAAAUUGGUCGUCGCGCGCAAUCAAUACGCCCAGACCAGCCCAGUCUGCUCGAAGACGAUCUGGGUUUGGAGCUGGGUAUGGACGAUGACACUCUCGGGCCGGACACAACUCUCCGGCCCAUGACUCCAGCCAUGCUAGAGGAGGAUGUGCAGAUGGGUGGAAUGGAUGAUGAGAUCGCCGCCGCGAAUGCAGCAGCGUUGGCCCGUGCCGAUGCUGCACAACGCCGCCAGCGCGGAUCAGAAUCACCACUUUCUUCUGUGCGGUCGAGCGUAGAGCGGGAUCUGGAGGAAACCUUCCAGCUUCACUCGACCAACAUGCAGCUCGAGGAAGAAGAUCCGACGCUCAUUCAGGCAGCACAGCGCGUGAAGCGCCGAAAGGUCCUUACCAUGGACGCUGAGACAGAGCUGAACACCGAUGAGAUCAGACUACAACAGUCAGACCGUUCUGCUAUCACGAAAGCUCCCACAUUCCUACCGCGCGACCCACUUCUUCUCCAGCUCAUGGAAAUGCAGCGAAACGGCACCUUUGUCAGCAAUCUCCUUGGCGACGGCUAUCUCCAAGGUUGGGCUCCUGAGCUUCGCGGCAUCCUUUCGCUCGAGAUUAUUCGCAAAGCAGGCGACAAGAAGCGCAAACGCGACUCUGGCAUUGCUGAUGUUGGCACCGACGAAGAGGUCGAAGUCAACAAUGAAGCGCAUCAAAGCAGCCCACAACUCGACAUCCCACAAGAUGAGGAUGAUUUUGGUCAUGGCGCACCUACGCCUGCUCCAAUGUUCUCGAACGAUCUCGAUGACGAUGUAGAGCCCCUCGAGGAUUCGUACAACGCCGGAAAUGCCAACUUCGACAUCACAGAAGCACCACUGCUUCACCCAUCACAAUCAGGUCCCGUGGCCCUCGGCACGAAGAAGAUGGUGCACGUCCUCCGCGAACACUUUGCGCCGACGCACACAUCCUCUACGCUCGUGCCACCGACUCCAUCUAAGCGCACCAAGAAUUCUGCGUUGUUCACCGACCUCUGCCCUGAGGCUUCAACCAGCCGCGACAUGGCUACUAAGAUGUUCUUCGAGCUUCUCGUACUGGGUACCAAGGAUGCCAUCAAAGUAGAGCAGGACAACCGCAGCUCGCUUGGCGGACCAAUGCGCGUUCGUGGCAAGCGUGGUCUCUGGGGUGACUGGGCUGAGAUGUCCAACGCUCUCGAUGCGACACAAACACAACCAGCAGCGCUUCCGUCUGUCUUGGAGCAGAACGAAGAAGUCGCCGUGGCGUGAGCGCAGGCGAUAUGAAUGAGUCGAAUGAAAUCCAAUGCUCUCGCAUUGUUCCUCUGCUCGUCGAGCAAUUUACGUCACAACGAUUCAAGAAAAGACGAUCAAUCCGUGUCAAGAUCCGCUACAAGAGACGACGAAAUAUCAUUGCCGUCGUCGGUCAAUAACAGGGUUCAAUCUGGAGAAUGCCUUGACCGCAAAGUCUUGCCCGCUCGUGCGGGUUGUGGUCGACUGCGCUGCAGCGUUUGAUUCUUACUCGAAGAUGUCUUGACCUCGGCUUGUUUGACUUUACACCCUUUGUCAUCAGCGAUUGGUAUUCUAUUUUUCAAACGAACUGCGAGAUUUCGCAAAAUGGGACGCUAUUCUUGCACUUCGUCACGCAGUGGUGAUGGCGUUGGAUGCCGCAGGACUGCUGAGAUACCACCGGAAAUGUCUGCAAUUGGAGUUAUUCUACAUGGACAAGUAUAGUAAUUAUUAGACAAAAUGUAACGAUUUUGAAGAACUCC